AUGGCACGCCACAACACCACCACUCUUCGCGUUUUCUGCGUCGGAACGCUAGACACCAAGCUCCACGAGCUCCGUUAUCUCUCCGAUUCGCUUCGCUCCAAUCUCCAUCGCUUCUCCGAUCACACUUCCCCCAAGAUUGAUGUUGUGGUGGUUGAUGUUUCUACCGGUCCGAACCAGCCAGAAUCAUUACCAGAUUUCACAUUCGUUUCCAGAAACGAUGUUAUCUCUUGCAUCGACACCGCCAAUCUUCUUCCACAAGACAGAGGAGAAGCAGUUUCCGUUAUGAGUAAAGCGCUCCAACAAUUCUUACAGAAAUCUAACUCGGAUCGAUGUGUGGCAGGCGUUAUCGGCGUUGGCGGUAGUGGAGGCACAUCGCUUUUGUCAUCUUCGUUCAGGUCUCUUCCGCUCGGGAUCCCUAAGCUCAUUGUAUCAACGGUUGCUAGUGGCCAAACGGAACCUUACGUUGGAACUUCUGAUUUGGUUUUAUUUCCGUCCAUUGUUGAUGUUGCCGGUAUUAAUAGUGUUAGUAGGGUGGUUUUUUCCAAUGCUGCUGCUGCUUUCGCUGGGAUGGUUGUUGGAAGGGUUCGGAGUUUGAGUGAUUCUUCUCGAGUUGAUGAUAAGGCUACUGUUGGAGUUGGUGGCAGAGCCAUGGAGAAUUUGAUUAGAGAGGGAUUUAUACAGGGUGUUUUGGACAUCACAACGACAGAGGUAGCAGACUACAUAGUUGGAGGCGUAAUGGCUUGCGAUAGUUCUCGCUUUGAUGUCAUAAUAGAACAGAAAAUCCCACUGGUCUUGAGUGUGGGAGCAUUAGACAUGGUAAAUUUUGGAGCAAAAGAUACCAUACCACAGACUUUUCAGCAGAGAAAUAUAUAUGAACACAAUAAGCAGGUUUCACUCAUGCGAACAACAGUGGAUGAGAACAGGAAAUUUGCUGACUUCAUAGCAAAUAAGCUGAACAGUUCAUCAUCUAAGAUCUGUGUUUGCCUCCCGGAAAAAGGUAUAUCUGCUUUAGAUGCACCAGGUAAGCCUUUUUAUGAUCCAGAGGCAACAGGUACACUUCUUCUUGAAUUACAAAGACUUAUUCAGACUGAUGAUAUUCGACAGGUGAAGGUGUAUCCCCAUCAUAUUAAUGACCUUGAAUUUGCAAAUGUAUUAGUGGAUGCAUUUUUAGAAGUUAAUGAAAAGAAAGGUUCUACUCAUCCACAAGUAGCCAUUCCUGAAUCUGUUGAACACUUCCAUGAAGAUUCUGUUUCAAAUAAAUCAAGUUUUGGGACUAUUGUCUAUGCACCUAAUGAAUUCCCAGAUGCAAAACCAGAAACUUUGAAGAAAACACAGCUAAUAUUGCAGCAAUUUAGAUAUCAAAUAGAUAAAGGAAUUCCUAUUAUAGGAGCCGGUGCUGGGACUGGAAUAUCUGCCAAGUUUGAAGAAUAUGGAGGAGUUGACUUAAUUAUAUUGUACAACUCAGGGCGCUUCCGAAUGGCUGGGAGAGGUUCAUUAGCAGGGUUAUUACCAUUUGCCGAUGCUAAUGCUGUUGUGCUUGACAUGGCCAAUGAAGUUCUGCCAGUGGUAAAGAAGGUACCAGUUCUUGCUGGUGUAUGUGCAACUGAUCCCUUCCGACGAAUGGAUCACUUCCUUAAACAGGUGGAGUCUACUGGAUUCUCUGGGGUACAAAACUUUCCAACUGUUGGGUUGUUUGAUGGUAAUUUUAGGCAAAAUCUCGAAGAAACUGGCAUGGGAUACAGCUUGGAAGUUGAGAUGAUCCAAAAAGCUCAUAAAUUGGGGCUCUUGACAACUCCGUAUGCAUUCAAUCAAUAUGAAGCUAUUGAAAUGGCCAAAGUUGGCGCCGAUAUUAUUGUUGCCCAUAUGGGUCUAACCACAGCAGGCUCCAUAGGUGCAAAAACGGCUGUUUCACUUGAUGAAAGUGUAGUUCUUGUACAAGCUAUUGCAGAUGCAGCACAUAGGAUCAAUCCUAAUACUAUUGUGCUAUGCCACGGGGGCCCAAUUUCUGGUCCAGAAGAGGCAGAAUUUAUAUUGAAGAGAACCAAAGGAGUCCAUGGUUUUUAUGGGGCUUCAAGCAUGGAAAGACUACCAGUGGAACAGGCUAUCACAAAUACAGUCAAACAAUACAAGUCAAUCUAUAUUCAUUGA